AUGUGCAGAUUUACAAUUGUUCAAUUAGCAGCUUCUUAUUUGCUAACACAAAUAGUUUACCAGCGCGUGGUUUGGAAAAAGCGCGAACUCAACGAGAUGUCUACGGAUGGAACUGCUGAUGGUCCCUUAGAAGCAGAUUCAAGUUGGAUAUCAUCAAAGACAUCAUUUAUGACAAUUUCUGAUCCCAGUGAUUCGUCUACACCAACUGCAAAUUCUUCAUUAGAUGAAACAUUUGCUUCGAAUAAGUUUUCACUCAACUCUUUCGCAAAUUCAUCCCCAAAAUCUGACGAAGUAGAAGACAAUGACUAUGAUAAUGGUGAUAAAGACGAAGAAGAAGUAGAAGUAAAACACAAAAAGAAAACAGGAGUAACUUUAGUUUAUGCUCCAGAGAAAUCAGCUAAUAUUUUCAAAUCCUCACAAAAUCCUAUUGUUACACCUCACUCAAAUCAAAAAGUGAUCAUAAUCCGAUCAAACCAGGGUAAUGAUAAUAAUGAUAGUCAAAAUAAUUCAUUAACUAAAGAAAAUGGUAUUGGGUCAACAACCGCUUCUUCAAUAGAUAAAAUUCUGUAUUCCAGUGAAGAAAACCUUUCUAAAUUAAAUGGUGAACAUGAUUUGAAACAGUUGAAUAAUUCCAACAGUGUCUUUUACAACAAUUCUCUUGAUGAAUUUUCAUCGAAUAAUGGAAUAUCGGAUUAUAAGGAUCUAUCUGAUAAUAAUAAUAAUAAUCUAUCAGAUAAUGAUAGUAAGUAUGAUAAUUCCACUAGUAUUCUAUCAACACCAACAGUACUCACUUCAUUGGAUAAUCAUAAUGAUUCAUCGGUUUUAUCUAUGGGAUCAAAGAGUUUAUCUAAAGAAAUUCUAAAUGAUGACAAUAAUACUACUAAUAAUAACAGUAAUAAUAAUCAAUCUUAUGCUAACAGUACAAUUAGUGUUGAUGAAAACAAUGAUAUCACUGGUAUUGUUCUACAGAAUUAUGAAGAAAUUGCAAAAAAUACUUCAUCUAUUGAUCAAAAUGAAAAAUAUCUGUCAGCAUUAAAACCAGUUUUAUCUUCACCAUCUAAUCAUUCAAUUGAUUCAGAUCAAGAAUCCAAACUAUUAACUGAUAAUUCUUUUAUCAAGUCGAAUUUAAGUAAUAUAGCACAAAUGAAUUCUGAAUUGGAUGAUGAGGUUACCAAAACAGUUUUAAAUAUUAGCGAUCAAUAUAAGAAGACAGUAAAUAAGUUUGUUGAACAAUCAAUGCCGACUUAUUUGGAUCGUUGUUCACCAGCACAAAUUGUGGCUGUAACCGGUGGGGCACCACCAGAUAUAAUACGUAAUAUUGAAGAGGAUUUAGACGAAGAUAAUGAUAAUCUUAUUGAAGUACUUAAUACAGAUGUAGAACAUGAAGCCAAUCCCUCUGCUUCUUCAUCUACGAACCCUGGUAAUAUUGUCCGACAACGUGGUCAUACUUCAGAGUCAUUAAAAUCCCCAAAGCCGGUAACUAUCAAUAUUGACUUACGAGUUGUUUCAAAACUGACUCCAAGUACUCCAGAAGAAGUAGAUGCUUCAUCAGAACUAGUUUUUAGCAAUUUUAUGAUAGAUCGUUAUAGAUUGGAAGUUUCUGCAUCAGCUCAAGCAUCUUCGUCUCAGUCUACUGCUUCUGCUUCAGCUUCAAUUCAUGUAACAGAUAUAGGUCAACAAGCUGAGUCUGAAGAUCCUGUAAGCCACGAACUUUCAUCUUUACCUCGUGCUGAACCACACAGUGUCGAAGCAAUAGUUGCCCGUAAUUUAGCCGAAAUCGGUGAUGAAAUCAAUCGUAUCUAUGGACCGAGAUUAGACAGAAUGAUUAAAUUACUACCAGUGGAAGAAUGUCCAUUAGAAAUGUUUUAUAAUGUCGCCCGUGUGUAAGUUAAUGAUCAUUUGUUGAUAAUUUUCAAUUGCUGUAAGCAUUAUUUUUGGCUAUUAUUAUCAUCAUUAAGGUUGUGAACCGACCACUGUUAGAGCAAAAUUGAAAGCCUGGGAACUCUGAACCGGCUUUUCUCCGAGUUUAUUUAUUUAAAAACAAGCAUUGGUACAAGGGGUCACCAAAUACAUAUGCGCCAAACAAUAACAAUGAGGCCAGUAGCAGUUAUCAUUGGUUUAUGUGAAGGCUGUGAUACAGUCCGGGCGCCCAGACCGGAGCCUUUGACCUGAAGGUCUAAUCUACAAGGCCCGACCGUAGCUGCUACCUUGACGCGGUGGUCGGGCUUGCCUAUCGUGAUGAUCCAACCGAGCUAUAUUGGUUGGAACACAUGUUCCUGUAGGUUCUACCAUGUCAGGCAGGUCGAUUGGAAGACGGUCAGAAUAAAAGCAGCAACUCAAGGUCUGAGGGCGAAGUCGUACUGCUGACUGUAGAGGGGUGUGACAGCAGUAAGAUGUUACCAUCGGACAACCAGAAUCUGCAGCGAUGCAGCCUUCUCACAAGGAAGGAAGGUGUUAGAAAAGGUUGACCCUAAAAAUGUCACACCACCUUACCUCACGGAUUUCCGUCUCCGGCGGUAAGGCCCUUUGAAGAACGGAGCUAACACGUUAAAAACCUCCCACGAAAAGGCCGUGAGCGACCGACCUCAAGCAGUUGUCCCUUGAGCUCUGCGAUCACGCUCACAGGUUGCUAAGACCAACACUAAUCCGAUUUCCUUUUCAGGUUCCUCAAGAAACACCCUUCCACGAUGUGGGCAGCCGGGAAGUGAUAUCAGCCUUCAUACCCGUAACAGCACAUGAGACCAAGUUGGUCACGUUCAAAUCCUUCCCACACCAACUAAUAACUCUAUUAUUUCCAUGACUAAUCCUUCUCACGUCCCUUUAUCACCUCGCAUCGCUAGGGCAAACGAUUCGUGUAUGCGGAACGUUAUUCCUGGUCUCCUGAAACCACACUCUAAACUUCAUGUUGAAGCUUAUAACGUUCGAACACUGUACCAAAUAGGACAACAGGCUUCCUUAGCUAGGACUUUAGAAUCUCACGUCAUCGAUGUGUGCUGCGUCUCCGAAACACGCACACAGGAUGCUAGUAGCGUCAUUCAUUUGACCUCACCAUGUCAAAAUAAAGAACCACCUGGAUUCACAUUUCGUGUAUCCGAAAGCCUUGAUGCUGCUUCCCGUGACCUGGCUGGCGUAGGUAUAGCAUUGAAUCCUAGGACAGAAUUAUCUCUCUUAGAUUGAAUCCCUGUAGACAGUCGUUUGUGCGCUGUUCGACUAGACGGAACACUAAGGACUCGGAAAGAUAGGGACACUCGUCGUUGCCUCUUCGUCGUCUCUGACUGUUCUCCCACUGACUGCAGCUCAGAUGAUGUAAAAGAUGAGUUCUACAGAAAGCUCUCCGAAAAGCUAGGAACUCUGAUGUAGUAAUAGUGGCUGGUGACUUUAAUGCUCAACUAGGUAAACUAAGCGAAAGGGAAAGAUACCUGGGUGGAUCUUAUAGCAUCGUGGCUCAAAGAACAGACAAUAGUGACCGUCUGUUUCAGCUAUGUUAAGAUAACCGCCUGUUUCUUGCAAAUAAUAACUUUAAGCAUAAGCAAAAACAUCUUUUGACAUGGCGACCCCCUAAUUCAUCCCAACGUUGGACCCAAAUAGAUCACAUUGCUAUCAGCCACCGAUGGAGGGGCUCGAUAGAAGACUGUCGCUCAUUCUGGAACACGUGCUUAGAUUCAGAUCAUGCUCCAGUGGGAGCGCGUAUUUGUCUGUGUCUUAAUGGACGUAGGAAAGAAGCUGCAAGGAAACCCCUUAGGGUCCUGCUUAA